AUGAGAUUAUACACGUUCGUAGCACUAUGCGCAUGCGCGUUAUACGUUCGCGCUGCGUCAAUCCCCUCGUCGGAAAAAAAAAUUGACGAUCUCGAUAACGUUGACCUCGACAAUGUCGAAUCAGAGUUAGUAGACCAGCCCAUCGUCCAGGAUCUCGAUAAUAAUCUACGCAAGGCGUCUGACAUACGCGUUAAGGUGAUAGAGGAACCAGUUGUUUUGGACGAAAAUUCCAACGAUUAUAUUCCGAAUAAAGAUGAAAGUAUCAACAUCAAAAGACUCGAAAUUGAUUUAAAUAAUCCUGGACCACCUCAGCGUCAAGAGCAUGAAACCCAAAACCCAGAAAAUUAUGGCGAAAAGGAGAAAGGCGUAUAUGCUAUAAUACAAAAAACUAAAGAAGCCGAGUCAGUUUAUACUAAAGGAUUAAAGGAAGUGUCCGACAGUUUGCUAAAUAUAAACGAAGAAAGUGAUAAAUUCCCGGUUGUUUUAGAAAACUUAAAAAACUUUAAUGAGUCAUUUAGUAUAGAAAUCGAAAAGCUAAAUGAUACUAUAAGAAGUCAUUUGGAAUCCAAGCCAGCAGAACUUGAUGGAGAGUCACAAAAAGAUCCUAAACUAAAAAUCGUUGAAUCAGCAAUACAAAAUUUAAAGUUAAAUUUCAAAAUUGUGGUCGAUACCUUAAAUGAAGGCAUUGAACUUCUUUCAAUUAUUCGUGACCAAGAUGAACCUAUUAAAUCAGCGACUAAAGCUUUGGUAAAAGAGGAGAUAGAAGCUGUGAAGGAAUCUGCUUCCAAUUCUGCGACACAACCUGCUGCCCAAGGCUCUGGCAGCUCUAAUUGGUUUUCAAGUCUCACAGCCAUAUUACAAAAUUUUUUACCAGUUAAUAAUAAUAUGAACAACAUUUUCCAAAAUUUUAGUUUUCCAAAUAUUAUCUCAGGCUCUGGAGGCCAAUCCUCCACUGCGCAACAACCCACUAAACCAUCCGGUGCCCAAUCUGACGAGUCUGCGCCUGCUUCGUCAGCGCCUGCUCCAGGAAUCGCCUUAUGGACGCCCCAAGGUAUUUUUCAUAACAUAAUACAGUUAAUAUCACGGCCUAGCCAAUCAGUCUCGCAACAACCGACCAAUUCUAAUUCGACACCAGAAAAAGAAGGUGCUCCUCCGAAGCAACCUGAAAAAGAGUCUGGAGUCCAAGCAGAUGCUAUUCCGCCACCUGUAUCUGCAUCAGCUGCGUCACCUGCCCCAGCAAAAGCUGAAGAUCAACAGCCAGUACAACCUGCCAUCUUGCCUCAGGCUGCCCCAGAGCAACAGGCCGUAGUGACCCCAGAACAGCCCGCCCAGAGUGGACCCAUACAGCAAUUUGUUCAGAACAAUCCCAUCAUUAAAGGUAUUCAGUCUGCAGUGCAAAGGCUCCAAGGAAGCCCAAAUUCAGAGACACCUAGGAAUGAAAUAGUUGAAAACGAUAUGAAAGAGGAUGCCGAAUUGGAAAAUAAAGGACACUACGGUGACAACAGUGCUAAUCAAGGCCAUAAUAACGACAGCAACGGGGUAGAUAAGAAGAUCGAAGAACAGAAAGAAGAAGCUCCGGCAGCUCAGGAGGCGGCCGUCGAAGUUGGUAUCAAGGCUGAAGAAACAAAACCCUUGACGAAUUCUGAUAAGACUGAA